GACAAAAAGGAGAAAAGGGUCAGUGUGGAGAGUACCCACACCGGCUGCUGCCUCUCCUCAAUUCAGUGCGACUGGCUCCACCCCCAGUCAUAAAAAGGCGGACCUUCCAGGGUGAGCAGGGCCAGGCCGGCAUCCAAGGCCCACCAGGGCCACCAGGGCCCCCUGGACCGAGUGGACCUCUGGGGCACCCAGGACUGCCAGGGCCCAUGGGGCCACCAGGCUUACCUGGGCCUCCUGGACCGAAGGGAGACCCGGGGAUCCAGGGCUACCACGGCCGGAAGGGAGAACGGGGCAUGCCAGGGAUGCCAGGCAAACAGGGAGCGAAGGGUGCUCCUGGAAUCGCUGUGGCUGGGAUGAAGGGUGAGCCAGGGACCCCAGGAGCCAAGGGAGACCCAGGAGCAGCAGGGAAGCCGGGGCCCCCAGGUUUGCCGGGAAAGAGGGGGCAGAGGGGUGAGAAGGGGGCUGCAGGCCCCCCUGGGCCACUCGGCCUCCUGGGGCACAAGGGAGAGAAGGGUGAUGCUGGCAACUCCAUUGGAGGAGGCAGAGGGGAGCCUGGCCCCCCAGGGCUCCCUGGACCCCCAGGGCCGAAGGGAGAAGCUGGUGUCGAAGGCCGGGCCGGGCCCCCGGGACGGCAAGGAGACAAGGGGGAGCCUGGAGCAACUGGAGAAGAGGGACCAGCUGGCCCCAAGGGUUCCAAGGGAGAACCUGGGAAAGAGAUGGUGGAUUACAACGGAAACAUCAAUGAGGCUCUCCAGGAGAUCCGAACGCUGGCCUUGAUGGGGCCCCCUGGUCUUCCUGGGCAGAUCGGCCCACCAGGAGCUCCAGGGAUCCCAGGCCAGAAGGGGGAGAUUGGACUGCCAGGCCCUCCAGGACACGACGGGGAGAAGGGACCUCGAGGCAAACCAGGAGACAUGGGCCCUCCUGGUCCCCAAGGCCCCCCUGGGAAGGCUGGGCCUGCAGGAACGAAGGGAGAAGACGGACACACAGGGAGCCCGGGAGAGAAGGGGGAGAAAGGGGAGCCGGGGCAGGCAGGCCCACCGGGUCUAGACGGCCCAACUGGGGAGAAAGGAGAACCAGGUGGCCAAGGGAGACCUGGAACAACAGGAUUGCCUGGCCCAAUCGGGCUCCCGGGAUUUACAGGAGAGAAAGGAGAAGCCGGGGAGAAAGGAGACCCGGGAGUGGAGGUUCCUGGGCCACCAGGGCCAGAGGGGCCUCCUGGACCUCCGGGGCUCCAAGGUGUUCCUGGACCAAAGGGGGAAGCAGGACUAGAUGGAGCAAAAGGAGAGAAGGGCGUCCAGGGAGAAAAAGGAGACCGAGGUCCUCUGGGAUUACCCGGAGCUUCAGGUUUGGACGGCAGGCCUGGGCCACCGGGUACUCCAGGACCAAUCGGAGUCCCAGGCCCGGCGGGACCAAAGGGCGAGAGGGGCAGCAAAGGUGACCCUGGGAUAACAGGACCAACAGGAGCAGCUGGGCUUCCUGGUUUACAUGGACCACCCGGGGACAAAGGAAACCGAGGGGAGAGGGGGAAGAAAGGCUCUAGAGGGCCUAAAGGGGAUAAGGGAGACCAAGGAGCGCCUGGAUUAGAUGCCCCCUGUCCGUUGGGCGAAGACGGCUUACCCGUCCAGGGCUGCUGGAACAAGUGAUGCCUCUAACCUGGGACUGGCCUGUGUGUGUGUUUGUACAUAGAAUAUUUAUUUUUAUACAGUUUUCACUUUUUGAAAAUGCCAGAAGUAUGAUGCAUCUUACAGAUUAUUAAAAAAGGAAAACCUGCCUAUUUUGUACAGAAAAUACCAACCUCUUCCCUUUUGUUUACAAGAUGUUUUGUAUAAGUCUACGACUCUAAUACACUUUUGUUUUUGAGUACGGUCA